AUGGCCUACCCAUUCGGAUUGUUCGCCUCAAGUAUCCUACCUUACUUACCAUUUUAUUCGUACUAUUCUAUACCACAGAAGCGAUCAUCGUAUUUCAUCAAGGAUAUACUCGGAGUCAAUGAAGAUACACCACAGCUCGACGAUUUUGGAAGAAGCGUUGAAAACCUGACUGAGAAUACCAAUAGGCCAAUAAAGAAGAAGAAGGCGAGGACGACCUUCAGCGGGCGGCAAAUCUUCGAACUUGAAAAACAAUUCGAAUCAAAGAAGUAUCUCUCAAGUGCUGAACGGAGUGAACUCGCAAAAAAUCUUCACGUCACAGAAACCCAGGUAAAAAUUUGGUUUCAAAAUCGUAGAACGAAAUGGAAAAAAGCAGAUCAGGACCGUCGAGAUCGGACAAUUCCGUCCCAGUUGUCUACAGGUGAAACAAAUGCUUGUCCUAGAGAAUAA